AUGCCCGGCUCAGCAAUGGGCCGGCCGCGGAGCACAGGCACAGUCAGGGACGCGGGCGCGCCGGCAGCUGCUGUCAGCGUCGACGCAAGCGGCACAAUGCGACGCAGACGUCCGUGGAGCGCUGCUGCUGUGCCGCCGUCGGCGACGGCUCAGCAGCAGCAGCAGCAUCUGGUUGAGGCGCCGCGUCACAAGUUGCAUUCCAAGCGAAGUCCGCUUCCAGCCAAGCACAACAAGUCUUCCCUGGACUCUAGCGAGGAUCCGCAACGGCCGCAGAUGCAUUCGGCGGCAAUUGCCAUUGAAAUUGAUGCGGCCACCGUAACGGAGAACAACAGCAGCACGGCCACCUCCAAUUUUCCAUACAAGGUGGCCAGCGAGGGCGGCGGUGCGCCCAUGAAUCUAUUGCCGCUCUGCGAGAAGCAUCGCCAGCGACGACGCGCCUCCCUCAACUCCAAUACGACCAUUGAAACCGAUGAGCUGUCGCGCGACGAAGAGCCCGAGGAUGAGGAGCAGCUGACGCCCUCAACGUGCGCCGUGCAGCCCAGCAGCAGCUCGAGCAGCACAGCGCGCGCCUUUGCUGGUGCUGCACCGCCGCGGAACGAGUGCGUCCGGAUUAAGCGCAAGCGUUUCGUGCCCGACGCCAUGCAGGAUUAUUGCAGCAGCUGCUCGCGCUGCUCCAGCUGCAGCUGCGACCAGGCGCGCACCAGCUCCUGUAGCAGCCUGGACGAGGAUCUGGCACACGAGCUGACCGUCGCCGCCGACUGCCAUCGCUGCAUGGCAGCCGAGCAGCAGGCGGGCCAUAGUCGACCCGGCAGCAGCCUGAAGAGUUUUUGCUCCUGCCACACGAACAGCUGCUGCUGUGCCCGCGAAUCGUUCUGCACGGCCGCGGAUCACACAAUUGUUAGCACGCCGACGCACAGCAGCACCUUGACGCCGCUGAGCACACAGCAGGAGCAGACAAUGACCGAACAGGAUCUGAAUGCCAUAACCGAUGCGGACGCCUCAUCGCUAAGCCAAUCCGCCGAAUACUUUUCACUCUCCUCCGCCGUGGGCGGCAGCAAAGUAGCCGAGGAGCAGGCCAGCAGCAGCUGCGGCUACAACGAGAACAAUGCCAACAAACCCGUCUCGCUGGUCGCCUGGCCAGCCAUCGAUGUCAAUGCCCUGCUGCAGCAGACCAUACGCAAGACCGCCGCCGUGCUGCAGGAGGCGACGCCAGUCAAGCGUCGCAUGCCGCUCACACCCCAGCUGCCACGUCCAGGCGUUCCGGCGCCGCCGGGCAGCAACGACAGCUCCUCGGCCACCCUAACGCCCAGCAUCAUCAGCGUCAAGCAGCCAACCGCCGUAACCACACGCAACGGCAUUACCAAUACAUCAACGCUGCCAGCUGUGCGCACGUUGCGCGGCGGCAAAUACUCGCCGGUAACGGAUCCGCUGCAGCGACGCUCCCAGGAGAUCAUACUCUAA